GGAAACCCUUCACCGCAAUUCAGAUGGCUGAAAGACAAAGAAUAUAUAACGGAACUAUCAACGGAUCCCUUUUACAAAAUUUUCUCGGCAAAACUGGAAGAUGGCGGAAGUUAUCGAUGUAUAGCAGCGAACAAAAUCGGAUCGAUUUUAAGCGAAGAAAUCAAAAUCGUUGUAGCAUAUAUGGGUGUUUUCGAAGAUCAAAGCGAGAGAUCGAUGUCGGUGAAGGAAGGAAGCGCCGCCAUAUUGGAUCUGCCGGAGAUCGAGUCCAUCCCCUCUCCGGACGUCACGUGGCAGACCGACGAGAGCAUCACCCCGUAUGGUCCGAAAUACGCGUAUUCGAAACACAAUCAGCUGAUCAUUUUGUCAACGGAACCGUCGGAUGAGAAAGCAUACAGAGCACGAGCAAUCAACUCACAAGAAGGCAAAGAAGAGAACAGCGCCUACAUUAGACUGUCCAUCGAAAAAUCAGACGAUGACAAAGAAACCGCUCCCGAAAUCAUAAUUGGCCCUGAGGAUGUCCGAGUCGUCAAGGGUACUCCGCAAACCACCUUGGAUUGCAUCGCCAACGCCAGACCGCUUUACGAACUAGAAACACUAUGGUACAAGGACGGCAUACCGAUCGACAGCACGGGCAUCCAGUUCUCCUUCAACGACAUCUGGAACAGGAGCCUCAUAUUGGCGUCGGUCAACACCACAUACAGCGGGCAGUACGAGUGCCGCGUUAACCUGCGUUCGGGCGGCUUCCCCACCGCCAAGGCGUACGCCCAGGUUGAGGUGCUGGAGCGGCCGAGAUUCAUCACGAAUUCGAGGCCGGAGACGCUCGGCGACUACUCGGCUUCCGUCGGCCUGCCGUGCGACGUGCUCGGCAUACCGAAGCCGAAUAUCACGUGGUAUAAGAAUUCCGAGGAGAUUGAUCUCGGUGACAAGAGGUAUUUGUUAGAGGAGGACAAUUCUUUAGUUAUAAAGAAGUUGCUGAUAAGUGACAAUGGAAUGUAUCAAUGUUUUGCGAGGAAUGAAGCAGGAGAAAGUUCAUUAUCUACUUGGUUAAAAGUAAAAACUGCACAACCUGUUAUGGAAUAUGGUCCUUCAAACAUAACAGUACUAGAUGGAAAAGAUGCAACAUUAGCGUGUAGAGCAGUUGGUGCUCCGGUUCCGAAUACAACAUGGGUUCAUAAUGGAGAGCAAGAGGUCGAGACUUCGAGUCGCGUUCAGAUCUUAGAAAGUGGAGAUCUCCUCAUAGCAGCCGUCAAAGAGUCUGACGCGGGACAGUAUACGUGCAUAAGAGCCAAUGAAGCAGGAGAAGUGCGCGGGUCUGCACAUCUGCUAGUAUUGGUCCGAACACAGAUCAUCCAACCACCUGUAAACACCACAGUGCUUUUGGGCCAAACAGCAACUUUACAAUGCAAAAUCUCAUCAGAUCCAGCAGUUCCCUAUCAGUUAGACUGGUAUCUAGACAAACAAAUGAUAAAUCCCAGAGGCACCCAACGUAUCCGAAUCCUGUCAGAUGGCACUCUCGAAAUCGAAGCUGUCAGAGCUACAGACGUGGGUCACUACACUUGUACUGUCCAAUCUCCAGGUGGCAACGAUACCAGAUCAGCUAAACUUACAGUCAUCGAAUUGCCAUUUUCACCAACUAAUGUAAAAGCAGUGAGGCUAGAUACUGGUAUGCAGAGAGCCGUCAAUGUCAGCUGGACACCUGGAUUCAAUGGAAAUAGUCUAAUCAAGAAGUACAUUGUACAAAAGAGAGAGGUUCCUGAAUUGGGCCCUAUUCCAGAUCCGCUGCUCAAUUGGGUAACCGAAUUGAGCAACGUAUCCAUAGAUCAACGAUGGAUUUUGUUGACUAACCUAAAAGCUGCCGCCGCUUACCAGUUCCGAGUAAGCGCCGUGAAUAGUGUGGGUGAGGGGCCCCCUUCUGAUCCUAGUAACUUGGUUAUGUUGCCCCAAGAAGCUCCUUCUGGCCCACCUGUGGGUUUUGUUGGAUCUGCAAGAAGCUCUUCAGAAAUCAUCACUCAGUGGCAGCCACCCUUGGAAGAACACAGAAACGGCCAAAUUUUAGGCUACAUUAUCAGAUAUCGACUCUAUGGAUACAAUGACAGCCCAUGGACAAUCAGAAAUAUCACAAACGAGGCACAACGGAAUUACCUUAUUACUGAUCUUAUAACGUGGAAGGAUUAUAUUGUUCAAAUUGCAGCAUACAACAACAAAGGUGUCGGUAUAUUUACAGACGGUGCCAAAAUCAAAACCAAGGAAGGUGUUCCUGAAGCUCCGCCUAUCAUAACCGAGGUCGCAGCAUUGAACAGCACCUCGGUUCAGAUCUGGUGGGUGCCGCCCGAUCCGCAGAAGAUCAACGGCAUCAACCAGGGCUACAAGAUCCAGGCGUGGCAGUGGCUGCCCAGCCGAGGCCACGUCGAGGCCAGCGUGAUGACGGUGCACCCGAACCUGCUCGAUCCCUACGCGAAGCAGAGCGCCGUGAUGACGCACCUGAGGAAGUACGCGGAGUACAACUUGACGGUGGUGUGUUUCACCGAUCCGGGUGAUGGGGUGGUGAGCGAGUAUCGAUAUGUGAAGACGAAGGAGGACGUUCCUGAUGAAGUUUCUAACCUACAAUUCGACGAAAUCAGCGACAGAGCUGUCAAAGUUCUUUGGCAACCACCAAAACAGAUCAACGGCAUACUAACUCGAUAUCAGUUGACCUACAUGAUCAAAGAUAAACAGUCCACGUUGAAAGUGAAAAACUUCACUGCGACCACUCUCAGUACCAAAAUAACUGAACUACAGGCGACAACACACUAUAGGUUCGAAGUGACCGCUUUCACGGCCGUGGGCCCCGGCCCGCCCAAGAUCGCCAUCAUUCAGUCGGGCGUGGAGCCCGUCUUGCCGCACCCGCCCUCCAAGCUCGCAUUGUCCAACAUCGAGGCGUUCAGCGUCGUGCUGCAGUUCACGCCCGGCUUCGACGGGAAUUCGUCCAUCACCCGGUGGACGGUGGAGGCGCAGACGGCGCGCAACGCCACCUGGUUCGCAGUGUACGAGAUCAACGAUCCGGAUGCUACUACGAUCGCUGUUACCGGGCUGGUGCCAUUCACGGUGUACCGGCUGCGGCUGAUCGCCAACAACGUGGUGGGGGCAUCGAGACCGUCCGAGGCCACUAAGGAGUUCCAGACCAUUCAGGCGCCUCCUGCGCAUCCGCCGCGGAACAUGACGGUCAGAGCGAUGGGAGCGACCGAGCUGAGGGUCAGGUGGAUCCCGUUGCAACAAAUCGAGUGGUUCGGAAAUCCAAGAGGUUACAACAUAACCUACAUAGAGAUCCGUACAGGAUAUGCACACAGCUCUACCAUCGAAGACCACACUGCGAACUCUCACGUCAUCAUCGGUUUAGAAGAAUUUGCUCUGUACGAGAUCAAGAUGCGAGCCUGUAACGAUGUGGGAUGUUCUUCUCCAGGACCUACAGCACUAGAAAGAACUAGAGAAUCCGUGCCAUCGUUUGGACCAAUGAAUGUAGAAGCAAACUCGACUUCUUCAACUACUAUCGUCGUAAAAUGGGGAGACGUACCUAAGGAACAUCAAAACGGGUUGAUAGAAGGUUUCAAAGUAUUUUAUGCAGCCGAAUCGAAGUCUCCAACUCGGUACAAGCAAAUUUCCAGCAAUUCUACAUUCACUACCACUUUGACGGAACUAAGAAAAUUCGUGACUUAUCACAUUCAAGUUUUGGCUUAUACUAGGUUAGGAGACGGAGAACCUAGCAAACCUGCUGUCAGUGUCAGAACUCAUGAAGAUGUCCCCGGCGCCCCUUCCAACGUCUCGUUCCCCGACGUCUCCUUCACCUCAGCGCGCAUCAUCUGGGACGUGCCCGAGGAGCCCAACGGCGAGAUCCUCGCCUACAAGGUCACCUACCACGUCAACUCCGCCAAAACGAACAACAAGAGCGCCAAGGAGUUCCCGCCGUCGGACAGGACGUUCCGCUUCACCGGGCUGGAGCCCGAGAAGGACUACUCGUUCUCGGUGACGGCGCAGACGCGGCUGGGGUGGGGCAAGACGGCGCACGCGCUCGUAUUCACGACGAAUAAUCGGGAGAUACCGCAGCCGCCGUCGAUGCCGCAGAUCAGUCGGAGUCAGUUGCAGAGCGAGCAGAUCACGUUCAGCUGGACGCCGGGCAGGGACGGCUUCGCCCCGCUGCGCUACUACACCGUGCAGAAGACGGAGAACGGCGGGCCGUGGCAGUCGCUGGCCGAGCACGUCGAUCCUCAGCUGACCUCCUACACGGUGUCCGAGCUGAAGCCGUUCACGCUGUACCGGUUCCGGAUACAGGCGACCAAUGAUAUCGGGCCGAGUCGGUUCAGUCCGGAGUCCGUCGAGGUCAGGACGUACCCUGCGGCGCCCAGCAAGGGCGUGACCGGGCUGAAAGCGGUGCCCAUCACGACGACGAGCGUCGAGGUGCUGUGGGAGCCGGCGGAGGAGCAGUUCUGGAGCGGCGACACGAAGAGCGGCGGAUACAGGGUGGUGUUCCAGCCCGUGUCCGACUUUCCCACCGCCCUGCAGGCCACCCCGAACGAGGAGGUCAUGGGAAUAAAUGCUAGUAAGAUCGUGCUGACCGACUUGCUGCAGGACAGGAACUACGAGAUCGUGGUGGUGGCUUUCAACGCGCAGGGCGAGGGCCCCGCCAGCCCCCCCAUCACCGUGUACGUGGGGGAGGCGGUGCCCACGGGGGAGCCGCGCGGCCUGCAAGGCGAACCGGUGUCUUCGACCGAGGUGCGGCUGAGAUGGAAAGCGCCGCAGCAGCGGAUGCAGAACGGGGAGCUGUUGGGCUACAAGAUUUUCUACCUGGUCCUCAACUCCCCGCAAGACCUCGAGGACGGCAAAAAGUGGGAGGAGGAAAUCGAAGUCGUCCCUGCCUCCACCACCUCGCACAGCCUCGUCUUCCUCGACAAGUACACCGAGUACAGAAUCGAAAUCCUGGCGUUCAAUCCGGCCGGGGACGGGCCGCGAUCGCAGAGCAUCCGGGUGAAGACGCUGCAGGGGCUGCCGAGCGCCCCGGCGAAUUUGCGGUUCAACGACAUCACGAUGAACAGUCUGGUGGUGGCGUGGGACCCGCCGAAGAAGCGGAACGGGGAUAUUCUGAGUUAUAUCGUCACGUAUGAGACCACGGAGGAGAAUGAGCGUUUCAGCAAGCAAGUGAAACAAAAAGUGACAGCUACAUUCCUGCAAAUCCAAAGCUUGGAAGAAGAGAUCACCUACACUUUUCGAGUCAAGGCCCAAACAAUAGACUUCGGUCCCGCCGUUUCCAGCAAUGUUACGACAGGCCCUCAAGAAGGAUCACCUGGGACGCCCAAGGAACUGAGCUUGGUCAAGACUUUGUCCAGCAUCGAACUCAGGUGGUUCAACGGACCUACUGGCAAAGGACCUAUCCUUGGGUAUUACAUCGAAUCUAGAAGAAAAGAUGACACAAGAUGGCAAACUGUCACCAAAACGAUCAACGGACCGCUACAAGAGUUCACCGUUCUCUACCAGAGUCUGUUGCCCUCUACAGCUUACAAAUUUCGUGUCAUCCCCUACAACAAGUUUGGCAUAAGUUACCCCGCUUAUUCCGAUGAGUCUGUUCUGACCCCAUCGAAACUUUACAUGGAAUAUGGAUAUUUACAGCACACACCGUUCUAUAGGCAGACAUGGUUCAUGGUAGCGCUAGCGGCAAUAUCGAUAAUCAUCAUCAUCAUGGUUAUUGCUAUUUUGUGUGUCAAGAGCAAAAGUUACAAAUACAAACAAGAGGCCCAGAAAACCCUCGAAGAAUCCAUGGCGAUGUCGAUGGCCGACCACCACGAUCUCGCCACUUCCGACUUCUACCACCGGCCGCGCAACGGCGCCCCCCCCUCCUCCGCGGGCACGUUGGGCAAGAAGCGGUCGGGCGGGCACCAGCACGCCCCGCCGCCCGCCUCUGCGGCCGCCCACGGGGGCAAGUCGCCGCCCCGGCCGUCACCCGCCUCGGUGCCGUACAAUUCGGACGAGGAGAGCCUCAAGGGGUACGACGACCAGCCGGACGACAGCAGCGUGACGGAGAAGCCGUCGGAGAUGAGCUCGUCAGAGUCGCAGGGCUCCGAGAGCGAGAACGAGAGCGUCCGCUCGGACCCGCACUCGUUCGUCAACCACUACGCCAACGUGAACGACACGCUGCGCCAGUCCUGGAAGAAGCAGAAGCCCGUCCGCAACUACUCGAGCUACACGGACUCGGAGCCGGAGGGCAGCGCCGUGGUGAGCCUCAACGGCGGGCAGAUCAUCAUGAACAAUAUGGCGCGAUCGCGGGCCCCCCUGCCCGGGUUCUCAUCGUUCGUGUAG